AUACGAAGGCCCAACUAUACUGUGCUAUUAAUCUCUAAACCAUGGUUAUGACAUUAGACAGCUUUGUGACUGCACAAGUCACAGUUAAACAUGGUUUUCAGCUUGAGACAAAAAAUAAUAAUACCCAAACAAUGCUGCCUUGCCUUUGGUGUACUACCGUAUAUACUCAUCUAUAUGUUGAGAUAUUUAUGCCCAAAAUUGACCCCAAAAUCCUGGGACAACUUAUAUAUGGGUCAAUACAGUAAUGUAAUGAUGGCAACUCAUUCAGUGACAAACACACAAACAUACACCUUCCUCCCUCCCUGCCUGGGAAUGGACUGUUGGAAGCAGAGAGAGUUCAGGGCGAUUUUGAUUUCUAUGGUAGCAACAGCUAAUCCAGUCACAAACACACACACACACCAGUCACAAACAAACACACUCAGGGAGCAAUAGCUGAUCCAGUGAGAAACACAAACACACACUUUCCUCCCCACUUUCCCUCCCUGCCUGGGAAUGGGCUGCUGCAAGCUAACAGAGUGCAGGGCGAUUUUGAUUUCUUUGUAACAGCUGAUCCAGUCACAAAGACAGACAGACAGACAGACACACACACACACACACACACACACACUCACACCUUCCUCCAGUCCAGAUACAUACAUGCACACACACGCUUUCUCUCCCUACAUGCCUUAGCUCCUUUUAUGUUUGGCUCUCCCCCAACUGACCCUUCGCCCCUGCCGCUCCCUCGCCCUCUUUGAGAAAACAAGCCAGCCACUGCAGACAACUCUGGAUGGGCCAGCAGUAAAGAGCUUCCAUUCCGGGGACAGUCUAUUGUAAAAGUUCCCUGUUGUGCUGUAAGCCAUGGCUCCCUUUUUACGGAUAUCAUUCAAUUCUUUUGAGAUAGGGCCUGUGCAGGAUCAAGGAGAGCAACUGCAGCCCUUCUGUGCAAUAAAAAUGAAAGAGGCCUUGACUACAGAGAGAGGCAAAACACUGAUUCAGAAGAAGCCUACCAUGUACCCAGAUUGGAAAUCUUCUUUUGAUGCCCACAUCUAUGAAGGGCGUGUGAUUCAGAUUGUUCUAAUGAAGGCAGCAGAAGAGCCAGUAUCUGAGGUGACUGUAGGUGUAUCUGUUUUGGCUGAAAGAUGUAAAAAGGGCAACGGGAAAGCAGAAUUCUGGCUGGAUUUACAACCUCAAGGGAAAGUAUUGAUGGCUGUACAAUAUUUUCUUGAAGAUAGCGACUGCAAGCAAUCAAUGCGGGAAGAUGGGGGAACGGUGACUAUAAACAGAAGAGGCGCAAUCAAACAGGCAAAGAUCCACUACAUCAAAAACCAUGAAUUUAUUGCCACCUUCUUUGGGCAACCUACAUUUUGCUCAGUCUGUAAAGAUUUUGUCUGGGGGCUGAACAAACAGGGAUACAAAUGUAGACAAUGUAAUGCUGCUAUUCACAAAAAAUGCAUUGAUAAAAUCAUUGGGAGAUGUACUGGUACUGCAGCAAACAGCAGAGACACAAUGUUUCAGAAGGAGCGCUUCCACAUUGAUAUGCCUCACAGAUUCAAAGUUUACAAUUACAUGAGUCCUACCUUCUGUGAUCAUUGUGGUAGUCUUCUCUGGGGACUAGUUAAACAAGGAUUGAAGUGUGAAGAAUGUGGGAUGAAUGUUCAUCACAAAUGUCAAAAGAAAGUGGCAAAUCUAUGUGGAAUCAAUCAGAAACUAUUGGCAGAAGCUUUAAAUCAAGUUAGUCAGAGAUCUUCCAGAAAAUCAGAAUCUGGAUCAGUAGAAAGUGUUGGCAUUUACCAGGAUUUUGAUAAGAAACCUAAAUCCUUAGGUGGUGAUACAACAGAUAAUAGUGAGUAUGAUAAGCUCUGGGAAGGAAGAUCACUGUCACGACCAUCCAGGAGGAAUUUCAACAUAGACAGUUUUAUCUUCCACAAAGUUCUUGGGAAAGGAAGCUUUGGAAAGGUACUACUUGCUGAACUGAAAGGGAAGAAUGAAUUUUUUGCAGUAAAAGCUUUGAAAAAGGACGUGGUGCUAAUUGAUGAUGAUGUGGAAUGUACCAUGGUGGAAAAGCGGGUCUUAGCACUUGCAUGGGAAAAUCCAUUUCUUACCCAUUUAUACUGCACUUUUCAAACUAAGGACCAUCUGUUCUUUGUUAUGGAGUUUCUUAAUGGUGGAGACCUAAUGUUCCAUAUACAGGAUAAAGGCCGUUUUGAUCUCUUCAGAGCUACGUUUUAUGGAGCUGAAAUACUGUGUGGCUUACAGUUUCUUCAUAGCAAAGGCAUUAUUUAUAGAGACCUCAAACUAGACAAUGUGAUGCUUGACAAAGAAGGUCACAUCAAAAUAGCUGAUUUUGGGAUGUGCAAAGAGAAUGUAUUUGGAGAGAGCAAGGCAACAACUUUCUGUGGUACCCCAGAUUACAUAGCACCCGAAAUCCUGCAAGGAUUGAAAUACACAUUUUCUGUGGACUGGUGGUCAUUUGGAGUCUUGUUGUAUGAGAUGCUUAUUGGACAGUCACCUUUCCAUGGUGAUGAUGAAGAUGAGCUGUUUGAGUCAAUCCGAGUAGACACGCCACAUUAUCCACGCUGGAUUACCAAGGAAUCUAAGGAUAUACUUGAGAGGUUGUUUGAAAGGGAUCCAUCAAAGCGACUGGGAAUAACUGGAAGCAUCAGAGACCACCCUUUCUUCAAAGCAAUAAACUGGACAUUGCUAGAGAAGAGGGAGAUGGACCCACCGUUCAAACCUAAAGUGAAAUCAGCAAAUGACUACAGCAACUUUGACAGAGAGUUUUUGAGUGAGAAGCCUCGACUGUCCUACAGUGACAAAAACUUAAUAGACUCAAUGGAUCAAUCUGCAUUUGCUGGGUUCUCCUUUAUCAACCCUAAGUUUGAAAGAAUCCUGGAGAAAUAGUCCUUCAGAACAACAGAACUCUGAGGUACAGUUGUAUAUGGAAACUUUCAAGCACUCCAUGUGAAAUGUGAUCAAAGGAUACUGCCAUCUCUUUGACUUCAUUUUGGGGAAAAACACUCAGCAAAUAAUGUUAUACUGCUGAUUCUUUAGAAACUGGCAGUAGCUUCAUCUUGCAUGAUUAAGUAUCCUUGUGAAUCAUGUGUACAUGAUUUUCUCUUCAGCAGGGAAAAUGUAAAUUGUGUUCGGGGAAUGUAGUUAAAUGUCAGAGAGAAAUAUAUAUGUAUAUGCUGUAUAUUUUGCUCAAGCGGUGAAAGAUAGGUUAUGAAGGUAUCUUUAAAAUAAAGUGAAAUAGCUAGUCACUUCUUUUAUGUCAUAUGAAAUAACUUGAAUUUUUAUUCAGUUUGAUUUGGGGCUUCAAGUAUUGCUAUUUUUAUUUCCUAAGUGCCAUCAAUUGAUGCAGUGCUGUGCAGGGCCUUAUUCUAACAAGUUUACAAUCUUUUCAAUAGUUUUUUUUGUUGUUGUCCAUGGAAGAAUAUACAUUAAAGAUCAUGAAAAACAUU